UCCAACAUGCUCGAAUUCACUUUCAGUUUAACCUUAAAAUCUGUCCAAAAACAAAAACAUUUGAAACUUCGAUCUGUCUCACCAUGUCCAAAUCCUGAACCCCAGAAUGCCAGACGCAAAGCAAGGUAAAUAAGACAAAGACAUCAAGAAGACCCAAUAAUCAUAACCCUUUUUGCCUGCUUCAUAUAUAGUCAUAACAUAUGCAUUCUUUCAUUUCAAUGGAGAAACCCUUUUCUUGUCUUUUGAUAUCGAUCAAUGUUCUUCUCCUUUUCUUCUUCACCUUUCCUUCUUUAUCUUCUUCUUUCCGAUUGCAUCCCUCGGUUGCUACCUCAACCCUUGUGCAUCGGAAUUACACCGCAAUAUCUGAUCACUUUCGUGUGGUCAAUAGAAGAGCUUUAUUUCAAUGCCUUGAUCCAAACCCUUUUCUCCAAAUUAAUGUUAGUAAAAACUCUAACCUCUCUAAUGAAGAGUUUGUCACUGUGACUGUUACCGGAGUUUUGCUUCCUUCCAAAAGAGACUGGAUUGCCAUGAUCUCACCUUCCUAUUCUAAUGUCGGAAGUUGUCUCCAAAGUAAAGCUUUUUAUGUACAAACUGGUGACAUUAGUAAACUUCCUCUCCUCUGCCAUUAUCCAGUUAAGGCAAAAUAUUUAAGCAGUGAUCCGACCUAUCUAAGUUGCAAGAAGAAAGAAUGCAAGAAAUAUAGCAAUGGCAAAUGCGAGGUCACAACUUGCAUUGGCUCCGUAACUUUUCAUGUUAUUAACAUAAGAAGUGACAUUGAAUUUGUGUUCUUUACUGGAGGCUUCCUUAAGCCUUGCCUUUUGAGAAGGAGCAACCCCUUGAAAUUUUCAACUCCGAAUGCGCCAUUGUAUGGACAUCUCUCAAGCAGAGAUUCCACUGGAACAUCGAUGAGAUUAACAUGGAUCAGCGGGGAUGAGAAACCUCAACAAGUCAAGUAUGGGAAUGGAAAAUCACAGACAUCAGAAGUUACAACCUUUUCCCAGGAUGAUAUGUGCAGUUCUAUUUUAAUACCAAGUCCUGCCAAGGAUUUCGGGUGGCAUGACCCUGGUUACAUUCACACGGCAGUGAUGACAGGACUUCAACCUUCCAGCACCUUCUACUACAAAUAUGGAAGUGAUGCAGUUGGAUGGAGUGAUCAAAUGGACUUCCGGGCUCCACCUGCUGGAGGGUCAGAUGAACUUAAAUUUCUUGUAUUCGGUGAUAUGGGAAAGGCUCCUCUUGAUGCUUCUGCUGAACACUACAUUCAGCCAGGAUCUCUCUCAGUGCUAAAGGGAAUGGUUGAAGAAUUGAAAAAUGGCAACAUAGACUCCAUUUUUCACAUUGGGGACAUAAGCUAUGCAACUGGCUUCCUAGUUGAAUGGGAGUUCUUCCUUCACCUUAUAAACCCUUUGGCUUCUAAGGUUUCUUACAUGACGGCAAUCGGAAAUCAUGAAAGGGAUUAUGAAGGUUCAGGGUCUUGUUACCCAAGCCCUGACUCUGGUGGAGAAUGCGGGGUUCCUUAUGAGACCUAUUUCCCAAUGCCGACCUCAGCAAAGGAUAAGCCAUGGUAUUCUAUAGAACUAGGCAGUGUUCACUUCACAGUCAUUUCAACAGAACACGACUGGACAGAAAAUUCUGAACAGUACAAAUGGAUGAAGAAGGACAUGGCCUCAGUCGAUCGAUCAAAAACACCUUGGUUAAUUUUUACAGGGCAUAGGCCUAUGUAUAGUAGUUGUCCUGGCCUAGGCAAUACUGAUAUUAAUUUCCGUAAUGUCAUAGAACCAGUCCUGCUGGAUAACAAGGUCGAUCUGGUUCUUUUCGGCCAUGUUCAUAAUUAUGAGAGGACAUGUUCCAUUUACAACUCUCAAUGCCUGGCAAUGCCAACGAAAGAUGAAAAUGGGAUAGACACAUAUGACAAUGGUAACUUCAAAGCACCUGUGCAAGCUAUUGUUGGAAUGGCUGGCUUCAGUCUUGACAAAUUCUCACCCCUUGUAAGUCUAGUGGACAUGUUGUGUCAAAAAUUAAUAGAAUUUUAUUCACAGUUUGUCAAUGGGGUUAUCAUUCAUGAACAGGCAGCUAGUUGGAGUUUGUCAAGGAUUUGUGAAUUUGGCUAUGUUAGAGCCCAUGCAACAAAGGAUGAGCUAAUGGUAGAGUUUGUGAAUUCGAAAACAAGGACGGUCAUGGACAGCUUCCGCAUCACCAAAAAGCAAAAUUAAAGAAAGUUGGAGAAUUGUAACGAAAAUUUCAAUGUCAUAUGAAAAGAAAGCAUGGAAGAAGAUAAUUUUCUAUAGGACAUAAAUUUCCUUAAAUGCAUGAAUUUAGUUCUUAGAAGUUUUAUCAUAGCCUUUGUGUAAUGAAUUAAUUUUAGCCUUAAUUUUUCAUCCUGGUUUAUGAUCAAUUGUUUACCUUUUUUCCCUCUCUCCUUUCUCAAUUUUAGCAUUACCUGAAGUGUGACAGCGAAAAAGCUGUUGUUUUUCAACUCUUGUCUUAUUAUAUUGGGAGUUAAUUAGGCGCUGCAGCCACCGUGAAGCAGGCAAAUUAGUGAUAAAAUAGUUACAUCUCCUCAGUUUUAAGGUAGAAAAUGUUGUUUAGGAGUUUAUUUUUCUGAGCAUCGUUAAUUGGCAUAUUGUCCUUUGACUCCCAUCCCAACAUCAACAUAUAUAUGUUUUACGACAGACCCCUCUCCUUCCCUCUGACAAUAAUAGCUAAAUUCAUGCACGUUACCCUCAGCUUUAAAAUUUUUUUUAUU